AUGUUCGGCCUCAUCAUCUCCGGCCGGCCUGUCGAUGCCACACCUCAAGUCUUCUCGGAAGCCCAAUACGCUUUUAGGAUCGCCCCAACGCCGUCGUUCAGUCAUGUAGUUGUCUUCUUACUUCCUGGUGCACAGCUUCCACCUGGUACUGCCGCCUCUGUAUACAUCCAGAUCCCGCCCUCUCAGGAGUUCAAGCUGCUCGGGGGCAUAGGACCGGGAAAGGAGUCUGCCAUCUUCAAAGUCAGUGGAGUCAAGGCUGGUCCGGCUAAUGCUGCCGACGGUGAUGACAUGGAUGCUAUGGUCGAUGACGCAUCUGGUCCGGCCAACAAUAUGGCAGCUGCAUCUGGCGAGAUUGUGAUCGGCUUGUCCAUCGAGCCAGCAGCACAGGUCGAGGCUCAGCUUCUUCAGCUCAAGGGAGCUGCAGCACUAUCUGGGCAACAAGUGACAGCUCAUCCGUCAAGCGCACUAGUCAGGCUCAAUUCUGGUACUGGUGGCAGGAUUACGACCAAAGUGCUCGCGCAGAGGAUCAUCGGCAAUGCUUUCGACUUUUUGGCAAGCUUUGGUAGCGACACUGUGCCUCUGAAGGCCUUUCGAGACUGGUGGCUCAAGUUCGAAAAGAAGAGCGUCAAGAUCAAGGUUGAACAGCCUCAAAAAUCUUGCAUGGAGCACCCGCGUCAUGAUGUAGCCGGCGGGUUACGCUUUACAACCAGCAGAAGACAUAUUACAUUCGUCGAAGCGGAUCCAGAUCGACCGUUGCUGUAUGCUAAGAGGUUCUCACAAUGCGACAUCAUGAUCACUGCAUCAAGGGAUCUUCGAAGACAGGAGCAGGAAACGAUUGAAGAUUUAAAUGACGAAAUCAAUGACAAGCAAGGCAAUUGA